AACAUGGAAUUAGGAAACUUAAAAGAAAUAUUUUGUAGAUUGUGUUCUAAUAUCACAAGUUAUACAAAUUACGAUGUAAUAGGAAAAGUUCACAGAGAUGUUCUUGAAGUUAUUUUGCCGAAUUUGAAGUUAGAGGAGCAAGAUAAACAUGUAAUAUGUAAAGCAUGCACUACAAAAUUAUCCAACGCAUAUAGUUUUAAAUCGACAUGUAUGAAUACUGAAGAUAUUAUCGCUUCAUAUGUUAAUUCCAGUAAAGUGUCAGUGGUCGACUUAAAAGAAAUCUAUCUAAAGGAAAAUGGAAACAUUCAGUUAACUGAUAUAUCGGAAAAUCAGAGAAUUUGUCGAUUAUGUAUUCAGUUGGUUACAUAUGGAUUUGUGUCACUAAAUGAAGUGGACAUUAAUAUAAUUAAUAAUUAUAUACCACAAGUUAAACUGAAUGUUACCAGUAACCCUAUCGUAUGCGGGUCAUGUUUUGAUUCACUCCGUACUCAUGACGAUUUCAUAAAGAACUGUCUCGAUGCACAUGAAAAAUAUAAAAGUGCUGAUAAGCAGUCCUAUAUUAAAAGUGAAAAAAUGGAAAUAAAACUGGAGGUAGACGAUCAGGAUACUCAGGAGAUAGAUAAAGACAUCGAUAAGCAGUUUUAUUUUCAAUUUGAAGAGAUCGAAAUAAAACUGGAAGAUGGUCAGAGGGCACGGGAAAAAUGUAGUAGUGUUGAUAAGCAGAAUUAUGUUAAACCUGAAUAUGUUGAAAUAAAAGUAGAGGGAGAUGAUCAGCACAGCCAUGGCUUAGACGUUGAAGAGGUUGAAAACAAAAAGAGGCGCAUUUCAGAAGAUAUAGGAGAAAUAAAGAAUAUUUCUCAGUCAAUACACAAAGACCCUUUGGAAAUCCAAGUGUACCCAUGUGGUACAUGUGGUUACGAGACUAAAUAUAAGAGUCAUUUAAAAAGACAUGAGUUAUUGCACAAAGAUCCUUCGGAAAUUCAGAUGUACAAGUGUGAUACAUGCAGCUACGAAACUAAGCGCAAGAAUCAUCUGAAAAGGCAUCAGUUAAUGCAUAAAGACCCCUCCGAAAUCCAAAUGUACAAGUGUGACACUUGUACUUACGAAACCAAAUUUAAAAGUCACCUAAAAGUGCACCAGAUAACACACAAAGAUUCUUCAGAAGUACAAAUGUACAAAUGCGUUAGUUGCACUUACGAGUCGAAGCAUAUGAAUUGUAUCAAAGCACAUCAAUUAUCGCAUAAAGAUCCUUCGGAAAUCCAAAUGUACAAAUGUGAUACUUGUGCGUAUGAAACUAAGCACAUGAAACAUCUAAAAACACAUCAGUUGUUACACAAAGAUGUAUCAGAAAUCCAAAUGUACAGAUGUGAUACGUGCGGUUACGAAGCUAAACGUAAGGGUGAUGUGACCAGGCAUCAGUUAACACACAAAAGUAUUUCGGAAAUCCAAAUGUACAAGUGUAAUAAUUGCAGCUACGAAACUAAACGGAAGAGUCACCUAAAAACUCACCAGUUAAUACACACAAAAUCCUCGGAAAUCCAAAUGUACGAGUGUGAUAUAUGUAAUUAUAAAACUAAAUAUAGGAGUGACCUGAACAAACAUCGGUUGAUGCACAAAGACCCCUCGGAAAUCCAAAUGUACAAGUGUGAUACGUGUAGUUAUGAAACCAAACAAAAGAGUCAUCUCAAAACUCACCAGCUAAUACACAAAGAUUUGUCGGAAAUCCAAAUGCACAAGUGUGAUAUUUGUAAUUAUGAAACUAAACAUAAGAGCCAUCUGAACAAGCAUAAGUUAUCACACAAAAACCUUCCAGAAAUCCAGAUGGUACAAGUGUAAUACAUGUGGUUAUGAAACUAAAUAUAAGACAAAUCAUCCUUUAGGAACGAAACUUGCUCAGCAGGAAAGUGGGAAUGUGAUACGGCUACAUUUAUUGUGAAUGCUAUCCCACUUGUCAUCCAUUAGUACAGGAUGGUCAGUGUGUCUUGAGAAUGCGUUUUUCUCGACAGUGACCGAUAAGUAAUAAUGAGUGUAAGAAGAUAAUUAAAUUCUGAAAACGGUGUUCUGUAUGAGAUUUGAUAAAAAAGUAAUGGGAAUUGUUAAUUUUCUCAGAAAAUAUAUAUUUAAUCUUCAAUUUUUAACCCGUCCCCUUUAAAGUAGCCCUCCCCCCCCUGUAAUAUACAGUUAUGCCAAUGUACUUUCCAGUUUGAGAAACAUUGGUGGAAUGUCUCUUUAGAUAUCGUUUUGAGCACAGUUUGCGAUUUUGCCUUUAUCUCGUCUAAUGUUGAAAAACGUCCUUUGAGUAUCGUUUUGAGUUUGGGAAAUAGGAAAAAGUCAAAGGGGCCACUUUCGGGGAAACAGUGUUGUGUUCCGCCAAGAACUAGUGGUGGAAAAUCCUAGAGCUGUCUCUCCAGAGUUCGGGGCAUUGCUUCACAUGAGCCAUAUGAAAUUCCUAAUUCUAUUAGCAAGCAAAACCUUUUUAACGUUUUACAUGUUUUCAUCAUUGGUGGACUACAGGGAAUACAAAACAAUAUAUUUUAAAUGAAAAUCAAGGAUUAUAUAAUUAAUUGUUCAUCAAUAACUUUAUUGUCUUCACCUGCAACAUGAUUGACACUCAGAUGUAAAGCACCUGCAGCUCGUAAUUAAAGAAUUUCAAAAUAAAAUUUCAGAGUUUGACGAGAGUUAACACGAUACAGAGUAGGAGUUUAGGAUUAUUCUAUCGGCUACACUUAACUACUAAAUGUGACAUCAUUGCAAACUUAUCGUAAAUAGAGUGUAUAUUCACAUUACCCGGUUAUUUUUUUCCCAAAUCACCUCUUGAAAAUACUGCUAAAAAACUAUUGAGGGAUUCUUCUUAUUUACUGUUUCUUAUAUCUUCAUCUGUUAUCAAUGUUACCUCUGGGCUCCCAUAUGGGCCCAAUUCUUUAAUUAAUGCUUUAUAUUAAAAUUUAAAAAAUGCUUCUAGAUAACAUUCACAAGAUCUCCCUCUCAUUUGAGUUUUCAUUAUAAAUUGAAUAAUGCGGCAUUAGAGGAUGUUAAUCAAGUGAGGGACCUUGGUGCCAUUUUUUAUUGUCAAGUGUCCUAUUGUACUCACAUUGAGAAUACUGUUUCAAAAUCUUUAAAGAUGUUAGGAUUUGUUCAUCGUACUCGGAUUGACUUCUCAGUUCAUAAUCUCAAAAUAUUGUAUUGUUCUUUAGUCAGAUCCAUUUUGGAAUAUUGUUGUAUUAUUCGGCGUCCGAAGUAUAAUACUCAUAUUAAUUUGAUUGAAAAUGUUCAAUAGAUAUUUUUAAGACAGUGUGCAUUUAAAUUGGGUUACAAAAGGGAAUAUUACACGUAUGACCAAAUUCUUAGCGAUCUUAAUUUAAUUUCAUUGGAACAUAGGCGUUUACAUAUUGAUUUACUUUUUCUAAAUAAAAUACCCACAGGACACAUUCAAUCGUCGCAGUUUUUAAAUAUCGUGAAUUUUAAUGUUACUGAAAGAAGAAAUAGAAACUCAGAAAUUUUUCGUGUUCCAUUUUUCCAUACUAAUUAUGAACAGAAUAAACCAAUUACUAGAAUCCUGCGUAAUGCUAAUUAAGCAACCAGUAAAUUAGAUCUAUUUAUUGCUUCCGCCCAUCAUUCAAGAGAUUGUAAAAAAUUACAAGUAAAAAUGCUUGGUUCUUAAAUGUCAUUAUCAUCUGCUUUGUGUUUGUUUUUAUUGUAAGUUGUGUUAUAUUUACCUUAAUCAUAUUACUAACUAGUUUUAAGUAGCAUACACAUUUUACCUUGUAUGUUUUUAAGUUUUUGCUCUAAGAGGGCUUGUCCCGUUUAUCAAUAAAUAAAUAAAUAAAUAUGUGAAAAAUGGCUGGAGUUAGAGGAAUAUUUGUUGAAACCUCUUUCUUUCAAUCGUAUCUGAAGAAGCAGGAUGAAUCAUAUUCAUGUGACAAUUUAGAAACAUUGGUAUUAUGCAGAUUUGGGGCCAUCCAAUAAAAAUGAUAGUAAAUUGCCAUAAAUUUUAAUCAUUCUGCAAAGUGAGAUAUUUGAGGAGAAUAUUUGACCACUUCUCCAACUUCAUCCAUUUUUUCUGUCAUCUGGCGAUGUGAAUAUACAAGGUAUAUUUUAAGUCUGUGUUAUAUAGGGUAAGCUGACUUUAUGUUAGUGUAGUACAAAUCGAGAACUGUAUGAACUAAUUUUUAAUCGACACAGAUCAGUAUGUGCAUUGAACUGUAUUCUGAACUGAUUCAGAACUGCUCAAAAACUGAAAUGCCAGUCAGUGGCCGCAACUAUGUUUUCUGCUUAUAUUUAAUUUUUUUGAUGAUGCAGUAAUAUUUCCAAUAUUAAAAUCAAUUGUAAGAACUUCUUCAUCGCCUAAUAAACGGCUUGAUAUAGAAAUUCAUAAAAUAUUUCUUAGGGCGGAUGUAAGAAUUGGAACAUUUCAAGAACUGUUACAAACUGAUUCUGAAAACUGAAAACGUAAGAUUUGUCUUAGAAGUGGUUCUGAAAAAACCAAAACGGUAUUUACAAAGUGCGCAUGGGCAAAUUGUUAUAGAACCAAAGUCCGAACCAAAACAAAGCUUAAGAAUGUAAAUUAGGGAUGUUCUGAAUAUUCGUAUUCACAUUCGCAAAUGCUAAUUAUUUGAAUCAAAUUAUAAAUUUGCCUUUUGCACAUUGUGUUGAACAUUUUUUGCGAAUGUGAAUAUAUAAUGCAAUGUUUUGUUAUAAGAAUUUUUGUUCCUAUUUUGAGGCAAGUCUUACUUUGAUAAA